CAGUCCUCUCCCUCUCUCUCUCUCCCCUCCCUCUCUCGGAUUUCUCGAACCAAACCAGAGCGUGCGUCACCAACUCCCUCCAUAGCUUUCAAGUUCCAACCAUCAGAAGCACUUAACCAUCACAAAGUGCUUCUAAUCCAAAAGCACAAUCAAUAUAUUCCUAUACUCUCUGCUUUGCUCUGUUCCUAUCCUCCUCUAUCAUAAUUCAGUCGUAGAAUUUUGCUUCCAUUGCUCUUUGGUCUCGCUAUCAAUCACUCUUUCAAGUGCUUAUUUAAGUCGUUUAAUCCCAAAUUCAAAAACCCAAGUUCGGGAACUGCCUGGUAAUCUCUUAUUUCACAAAUGGAGUCUGAAAAUGGGGUUACAUUCGAGGAUGAGAGUUGUGUUAUUGAGGAAAAACAUGUAGAUGUAUCAGUACCCGAUUUGAGCAAAAAGGGCAAGAAUGCUGAUGGUAAUAUAGAAGUUCCUGCUGUGAAGGGAAUAUCUGAACCUGUGACAAAAGAUGAAGGCAUUAACUCUUCUGAAGUUGCGGUUGCAGCCAUUCCACCUGGUAAAAAUUCAAAAACUACAAAGAAUCCUCAUGCUCCGAACAAUGGUCUGUCAAAGAGCAAACCGGCCAAGGAUAAACCUAUUGUGAAAGGCGCAACUCCAUUCCUGCAUAAGGAGAGGGCAACACUUUCUCAGAGUCUUUCUUUUCCAGCAAGAGGAUCUCGUACAGAUCCUAUGAAGAAGAGCAUUGAUGUGUACCCAGUGAAAACAGAAGUUAAACACGCCCGAGGAAAUGCAACCAAGGCUGAGGCUCCCAUUUCAGUUUCUCGUCUGAAUAAUCCAACUAGGCGUGCAUCCACAGGAGUUCAUUCAAAGGAUGGGAACUCCACUGGUGGAGCUUCCAUUAAGAGGACUUCUUUAGCAUCAAUACCCAGCAUUAGAUCCUCUCCACCUGGCAAGUCUGGUUCUGUGGAUACAUCCGCCAAUAGCCCAUCUGAUGUGAUCCGAUCAGUUGAUCAAAGUUUAAAUGCUGUAAAAACAACUCUGCCAAUCAAAGAGGAUGAUGAUGCUCACUCCGUUGCUUCUACUACACCUAGUGGCCGGAGGAUCAGCGCUUCUGGGUUUUCCUUCAGGUUGGAAGAACGUGCUGAAAAACGGAAGGAGUUUUUUACAAAGCUAGAAGAGAAGACACAGGCUAAGGAAGAAGAAAAAAAUAACUCACAAGCAAAAUCAAAGGAAAGUCAGGAAGCAGAGAUCAAGCGACUAAGGAAGAGCCUGACAUUUAAGGCAGCGCCCAUGCCAAGUUUCUAUAAAGAGCCUCCUCCGAAAGUUGAACUCAAGAAGAUUCCAACCACACGGCCAAAAUCUCCGAAGCUUGGAAGGAACAAGAGCUCCAUUUCUUCACUAAACAAUUCUUCAGAAGUUGCUGGGGUGUCUCUUAGCCCACGUCUGAAUCGAGAACUGAAUAAUUCAAAGAAAGGAUUAAAGACUAAAAGCGAAAAGGACGUCAUAGAUCCAAAGAAGCCAGUUAAAAAGUCUCAAACUAGGCUUCAUUCUCAGGAAACUGCUGCUACCAAAACCGAAGCAAAGUGUACCGAAGAAGAAACACACGACCAGAAAGCGUGCACUGGAAAAACUGAAGAAGCUCAGGACCAAUCAGGGCAUCUUUCCAAAUUCAAAGAUGAGAUAGAGCCUGAAGCGAGUGAUCGCCAGAUCAAAGAACCAGUCCUCGGUGCACCUAUCCCCGAGAUCAUGCCCCAUGAAGUUUCGGUUGGAGUUUAACGACGUACUUGUGAUGCCGAUGCAUUGUGUUCAUAUGGUCUUGAAAGGUUUAAGUUGCAUAUUGCUGUGAAUAUGGAACCAUCGUGGGAUUACUCAAGAAAGUCGUUUAUUGAUAUCUUUAAAGGUCAAAUGUAGUUUGUUUGUUCUUUCAGUCAUCAAAUUACUGUGGAAGUUUGAAGACAGUAAUGCUGUCUUUAGUGAUCUAUGGAUUAUGAGUCUUUCAUUUAUAAUUGAUGAUUUCUUUUUUUCCCUACA